AUGUGCAGAUUUCUGAUUUUCAAAGGCAAAGAACCUAUACGUUUGUCACAUCUUUUGACGCGUCCUGCUCACUCCAUCAUCAACCAAUCAUUCGAUAGUCGGCUGCGUCUAGAUAGAAGAAGACCUAUUAACGGUGAUGGGUUUGGUGUGGCGUACUAUCCUCUAGAUCAUGAGUUAGAAGAAGAUGGGCCUUGUCUCUUUAAGGCCAUUACGCCAGCGUGGAACAAUCAAAAUUUGGAGACAUUGGCGGAGAAAACAAAGUCGGGUCUUAUAUUUGCUCACGUAAGAGCUUCAACGUAUGGUGUGUUAUCGGAGACAAACUGCCAUCCGUUCAACUAUCACAGCAUAACAUUCAUGCACAAUGGUGGGAUCUCCAACUUCCGUAAGAUUAAAAGACGGUUUUUGGCUCACUUGGAUGAUGAAUAUUUCAACAUUAUUCAAGGUAGCACUGAUUCUGAGUGCGCAUUUGCAUUGUUUUUGGAUACCCUUGACAAGAUGGGAUACGACACAACAAAGAAAGACGGCAACUUUGGCCAUGCUGUUUUGAGGCGGUGUCUGUUGAAGACCAUUGACUACAUUAAGGAGUGGACUAACGAGGCUAACAAGGACGACCCCAAGGCGGAGCCUUCCUUGCUAAACUUUGCCGUCACGGACGGUUCGAGCGUGGUGGUUUCAAGGUACGUGACGUCUAAAACUGACGAGGCGGCGUCUUUGCAUUUCAGCUGUGGGUCUAGUUUUGUCGAGUACGCGCCCGGGGAGUACAGAAUGGAAAGACUUGAUAGAAACCAAGAUGUGAUAAUGGUUGCGUCGGAACCCUUGACCUUUGAGAGAGGAGACUGGACGACUGUCCCCACCAACAGCAUAUUAACCAUCAAGAACCAAACCGUGCUUUUGCACCCCACCCAGGACGAGUACUCGCAAGAAGAUCCGCUAUACACCCGUAAUUCCUCCUUGGCCGAAAGCAAAGGUCUCAUGGGCUCUGUGCCCGUGUCAAAGCCACUGGAAAAGAAUGUUCCCCCACUGGAGAGAGAGGGCCGUUCCAGACCACAGACUUCAGUCAUGGUCAACUAG